AUAUUUUAAUGACAAAAAUAUCCCGCGUUUGUGGAAGUCCACAGUCCACACUCCGGCCUGCCUUCCUUGGAGAAAAUCUAGGGUUAAGGAAGUCAUGGCUGCCACUUUCGUAGGUUUCCAGGCGAUUACUGCCUUGCAUCUCUCCUCGACUAAGUUGGUCAACUUAUCAGAGAGUCACCGGAGCUUAGGCUUCCGCCGUCGGCAUCGCGGCUGCAGAUGGAAAGCUAUGGUUCAGCAGCAAACCUACCAAGGAGCCUCCGCGAACUAUGCCAAAGAAAUGGAGAGGCUCUCCGCGAAGGAAUCUCUUCUCCUAGCUUUUAAGGAUGCUGGGGGUUUUGAAUCUUUAAUCAGUGGGAAAACGACUGAAAUACAACAAAUAGAUGUUAAUGAGAGAGUUGUUGGCCUCGAACGAUUAAAUCCUACUCCUCGUCCCACUACGUCACCUUUUCUUGAAGGUCGAUGGAAUUUUGAGUGGUUUGGUGCUGGCAGCCCUGGGUUGCUUGCUGCGAGAUUUUUGUUUGAGAGGACUCCAUCCGCAGUAGCCAAUUUGGUAGGUUUGGAUGCACAGAUCAAAGAUGGAUAUGCCAAAGUCGCAGCGAAUUUGAAGUUUUUUAAUUCAAUAGAAGGCAAGUUCCUCCUUACGUCCAAAUUGUCUGUAGAGGGACCUACACGUAUGAAAGAAGAAUAUACGGAAGGGCUCGUAGAACCACCUACAGUAAGUGAACAGGCUAUCCCAGAGCAACUAAAGGGUGCAUUUGGACAAGCAACCAAUACACUACAACAACUCCCAGCUCCUAUAAAGGAUGCAUUUACCAAUGGGCUGAAACUUCCACUCAGUGGAGCUUUUCAGAGAUUGAUCUUGAUUUCAUAUUUGGACGAAGAAAUAUUGAUCAUAAGGGAUUCUUCAGGGGCUCCUGAGGUUCUCACAAGGCUAGAAGGUCCUCCACCUGUCGUCUUAGAGCCUGCGAUCACAGAGUAUGAAAGCUGAAUGCUGGAAGCGUCCGUUGAAUUGUUUCCUCAGAAAGUACAGAACAAUCUGGUUAGCUUCAAAAAACAAGAUAUUGUUAAUAAAGUUAUUAUUUUCUUCGUUUACUCUUCACUCUUUGUAUAUUUGAGAUCUGGCUCGAGUUUGGCCUGCCAUUAAAAUUUUAUUUUUUGGGUUUUGUCAUUCAUGUCUUCUCUUUCUUGUAUUGGAACAACAUCAAUUGAAAUUCCUAAUAAUCAAUAAGUCAUUCAGUUA